AUGAUGGUUGGAAAAAUUAAUUUACGUAGAGAUCGUACCAAACGGUAUGAAAUAAUUCUUGAUUGCCUUCCUAGGUGGAGUGUCAUUCUUAUACUGGUACUUGUUCUAUUGCUUGUGGGUAUUCUAGUUGUGGUUUCUUUAUUUGCCUCUCCAACGGCUUCCAUCAACUUGACGAGAAGACACUCUAACGAUAUUACCAAUCAAACUGUGGUUGGUAACAUUACGCUCACACGAGAUGUGUUUACAGGUACUCAACCAAUUGUUGACAUUUUCGAAGAUAUUAGCGUUUAUAGUAUGGAAUUUAAAUAUACUGUUAAAUUCAAUCCGAUCGAUAAGGGAAAUAACACAUUUGCAGGUAUUUUGAAAGACGACUUGCUCAUGAGAGGUUAUCUUUAUGGAAGAAAUUCCAAAGAUGAAGAAUGGACUUUGAUAAAUACGAGAAAGGAAGAUGAAAACAUUACCAGGUCUCUUGCAUGUACACAAGUUGGAUAUAUCGGUCCAAUUUCUUAUAGUGGAUGCUGGCCAACUACAGUCUUUUAUUCACGAGUUAUUCGAUAUUCUCAAUACAAGACAGAGCUCUAUAUUUUGAACUUGGAAAAUGUGCACAAGGCCGGAUUAUUGGAAGAUGUUAUUGAAACUUCUUUUGUGGCAAAUAAUCCAAAUUACACAAGUUAUGAAUUGGGAUUUAGAAUGACCUUCUCAGUUUUGGCUUUGAUUCACUGGAUUGUAUUUGUGGUGGUUGUUGCUUGGUCACAACAAUGGUCAAGUUGGCACACGACUCAAAAAUGGCUGAUUGUGCUGUUAUUCCUUCAUAUUUGGUAUCACGAACCAUUAUAUCCAGCAAUGAUGCAUACUGGUUGGGAAGGAUUUCCAAUUGUCAACAUUAUUCUUAGCGUCUCCUUUGUGUAUGGAUUUUUAUUCUAUUUGCUCGUUUUCUUCCACUCUGUGUUUAAGGCACCACAGCACAGAACCUUCAUGAACUUUUACUUUACCAAGAUUGUAAUUGUUGGAAUUGCUUAUAUUUUGACAUUGAUUUUAAUGAUUUGGAGCAGAGUUUUCAAUGUUGCCAAUCCAAGUUCUGUAGAUAUUUCUUCCAUUCCAGGAUAUGUUUAUCUGGUUGCUGCCAAUGUUGUGUUUUUGGUGUUGUGGGGUAUUGAUCUAGCUUAUUAUAUUUUCCGUUCGAUGGGUGCUGUGGGUAAAAUGAAGCAAAAGUACUCGGGUAGAUUUAGGGUUAUUGGAUGCUUUAGUUUUAUUGUUGCUGCAUGCUUUAUUAGCGUGACCAUUACUGCCAAUGGCUUUAGAACUGAUAUCCAAUCACUGACCUUCCUACUAUUGCACGGUAUUGUUUAUGUUUACUUUGCAUGUCUUUCGGUUCUGUUAUUGCCAGGUCCAAGAGAAGAGAAAAAACCUGAACCUCGUACGGUCACCAUUGAUCCAACCCAAUCAGACAACACCAAGACAGAUGUGAACAGCGCAAAGGCAAACAGCCCAAGAGACAACGCAGAAGAUGAUGAAGUUCAAAUUACAGAUGUCGUACUCUCCAGAAAUGAUGAAGACGAACAUGUGUAA